CUCUCUCUAUCUAUAUAGGUAUGUAUGCGCAGACAAUCACAUAUGCCGCUGCUUGAGUUUGUUUUCCGUCUCCCUUUCCGAUCAAAUGAGGUCGAUUUCCGCCAGAAAUACAAAUGGUUGCCAUUUGGGGGGAAGUAUUGUUGUUUUGCAUAAGUGAUUGACAUGAUGAAUCAAGGCGCGGUUUGAUUUCUUGCAUUGCCGAAUUUUUCCUAUUUUUGACCUAAAGGGGGCAGUUUUCUUCAUCAUCUACACACUUUGGUCAAAUCUUUUUUGGAUUAUUAGGAAAUUGGCUAUAAAACUGUUGGUUCCUGCAACUGGUAUAGUCCCUUUAGUUGCCUCAUAUAAAGCAGAUAAAGUUUUUUUUUCCUUUUUUUCGGGGGGAGAGGGGCGGUGAAUUUGGGUGUAGAAGUAUUGUCUUCGCUUUCUGCAACUGGGGAAAUCCUUCUAGUCGCCUCAUGUAAAGCAUAAGAUAAAGUUUAGGCUGUGGGGUCAUUUGGCUUACUAUCAACCACUCAUGCUAAAGGGCUUUUAAUGUCGGUCUAUCUAUGCACGUGCUUAACUUUCGGAUAUUUUCUUGUACCAUAAAGAGGAUUCUUCACAUACUGAGGCAAGAUGCCCCUAAUUUUGAGAUAUUGACAAAUGACCAUUGUGUGGCAACUGGCAAGUUAAUGUUCAGCUGCAAAGAUGCAUGGUAACAAUUUGCAGAAAAUUCAAGAACUUGAAUGCCAGGCGAUAGGCAUCAAUAUCUGAUAAAAAGGGGGAAGAGAAAAGGGAACAUCCUUGCUUUUGGACUAUUUGUCUCACCAAUACCGACAUUUAGAAGAAUUAUCAGAAACAGGUCAACUGAACAGUUCUCGGCGCUGCCAUACAUAUAUGCCCUCUUGAACUGCUUGCUAUCUGCCUGGUAUGGCACACCUUUAGUAUCUUCUGAUAACAUAUUGGUUACCACUGUCAAUUCAGUCGGUGCAAUAUUUCAACUUACCUACCUGGGCCUAUUCAUAACUCAUGCUGAGAAAGGAAAAAAGGUGAGGAUGUUUGGGUUGAUGAUGGCAGUUUUCUGCCUAUUUGGAAUUGUUGUAGCUGGGAGCUUGCAAAUAAGUGACCAUGACAUACGCCGAAUUGUCAUUGGGUUUCUUAGCAGUGCUUCUCUAAUAUCAAUGUUUGCUUCUCCCUUGUUCAUAAUUAAUUUGGUGAUCCGAACAAGGAGUGUUGAAUUCAUGCCAUUUUAUCUUUCCCUCUCAACCUUCUUGAUGAGCGCAGCUUUCUUCUUGUAUGGAAUUUUUAAUUUUGAUCCCUUCAUAUAUGUCCCCAAUGGAAUUGGAACAGUUCUGGGGGUUGUGCAAUUGUCGUUGUACUUUUACAUAAAAAAUACAACUCGAGCAGACUUCAGAGAACCUUUGAUAGUAUCAUACAUUUGAAAUGGAAAGCUGGGUGGCAAAGAUGUAUAUGCCUUCUGUUAUUCCUGUGUACUAAGUGCUCAAUUCUUUUGCUUUCUCGUGCAAAGUUCCUGCACAAAUUCAUUUGUAAAGAGUUCAGACGAUGCAUUUAUUAGUCCAAAACCAUGCUCAUGUCCUGUCUAUUUGCCAAGGGGCAUGAUCCAAGUCAUGGUUUUUUUGUUCUUCUUGUUCUUUGUGACUUCUGUUGCUUGAAGAAAGCAGAGCCCUGGAGUUUGUGAUUUACAGUUUGUUCAGUCUUCUGAAUUCAAGAAAAUAAUAGGCAAAUGCCUAAGCAGUGUAACAGAUUC